AUUGUAGUUCUCUACAAACUUCAAUAUAUAGGGCAACAAUCAUCAACCAUUUAUGGCUCAUCAUGGUGUUUCAGGUCUAGUUGGGAAACUUUUAACUGAAUUGGAGGUCCAUUGCAACGCUGAUGCAUAUUAUAAAAUCUUUAAGCACCAAGAGGAUGUACCAAAGGCAAUGCCUCAUCUUUACACUGGCGGAAAAGUUAUCAGUGGAGAUGCAACCCGUUCCGGUUGUAUCAAGGAAUGGAACUACAUUCUUGAGGGUAAGGCGCUGACCGCAGUGGAGGAAACAACACAUGACGAUGAAACAAGGACCUUAACACACCGCAUAAUUGAAGGAGACUUGGCAAAGGAUUACAAAAAGUUCGUUAAGAUCGUUGAAGUUAAUCCAAAGCCUAAUGGACAUGGAAGCAUUGUGACUGUAUCCCUUGUGUAUGACAAAAUCAACGAGGGUUCUCCAACUCCCUUAAUUUAAUUAUCUACAACUUGUUCAUCAGACCAUUGUAGGCUUGAAUUCUCACAUCUAUGCUUCUGAGUAAA